GUAUGAGCUGCCGGAGUGGAAAGGACACUACCUGCCUUACAAGCAACUCAAGAAGGAGCUGGAGAAGGUGGUCCAUCCCAAUGGCAACAGCCAUGGCAACGAUGAGGAGCAACCUGCAGCAAGCAAAGGCUUGGCCAGAACCUCGAGCUGGACGGCCAGGCAGAAAGGCAGCCAGGAUGUCAACGAAUUCACAGACCGCGACUGGAUUCAACACGUGGAGAGCGAGGCCAAGCGAAUUGGAGUGUUCGUCGACCGGGGAAUAGAUGGCCUCAACCAGCAGCUGGAGGAGCUCCAGAAGCUCAUCAGCGAGAGUGGAUUGGCCGUGGUCGACCACUCUGAGGCCAUCGAUGCAUAUGCCUCGGCUGACGAGGAGUCCAGCCAUAUGAAGCUCCAUGCGCUCCAGGCCUUGGGCAACGUUUCCAUCGGCGUGCAGCGACUGCGAGCAUUUGCUGAGCUGAACUACGCGGCUCUCUACAAAAUCCUGAAGAAGCAUGACAAGCUUCUGAAGACGAAGUUCGGCUUGGAGCAGCUCUUCCCGCGUUUGGUCAAGGAGACGAAUCUUAGCGAGCAUAGCCGCCUGCAAGUGCUGAACGACGAAGUGAAGGAGCUAUCCAUGAAAUGUUCUCAAACCUCAGAAUCUCCUGAAGUUGCGUGCCUGAUCCAUGGCUUGGGUCGCACGGGCCGGGACAUGACCUUGGUCAACCCAAUCUCGCACCGAAGUGAGCUGGUUUUAAGCUUUUUCCUCGGAAGCUCCUUGGCCUUGUUCUUGGCCAUCGGCGUGCUGCUGGCCCUACCUGAAAAGAGCCCGAAGACCUUCUCGGAGGCGUAUUUCUUGACGCCCAUCCCAGUCUUCCGGGUUGUGUUUUCCUACCUCUUGAUCCUGUGGUGCAUGGGUGCUGUGGCGAAGAUUUGCGACCAGUGGGAUGUCAACCAUCUCUUCAUCCUGAACGUGGAUCCCCGCUGCCGGGUUACUCCGGAGUUCUUCUUCGCUCGCGCAGCCACGCUGACGACGAUUUGGAUUUUGAUUUUCGGAAUGUAUGUCGUGGACUACAAGUGGAAAGUUCUGCCGACUGUUUGGGCCAGCGAUGGCUUCAACAAGCGAUCUUCCUUCCACUUCGUGUUUUAUCCACUGAUUCUGCUGCUGCUCACAGUAAUCGGCACUUUGGCGCCCUCUACGAUCUGCCGGAAUCGGUACAAGGUCUCCGUGCUACAAUCGGUCAGACGAACUUGCUUAGCCCCAGUGUAUUCUGUUGACUUUGCGGACAACAUGGUCGGCGAUGUCUUGACCAGCAUCGCCAAGCCGAUCGAGGAUGUCCCGGCAGCUGUGUGCUACCUGCUCUCGCACCACCCACAGGAGGAAGAGGUCGUCCAGCGCUUCAUUCUGAAUGGCGACAGCUGCAGUGCAGGAACGCAUCGCUGGGUGGUGCCGUUCCUGGCGGCCUUGCCGUUCUGGUUCCGUGCUCUCCAGUGCUGUCGGCGAUGGGUGGAUACCAAGGAGCAAAGACACCUGUGGAAUCUUGGGAAAUACCUUUGCAGCCUUAUGGUUGUUAUCGUCUCGCGCACGGAGAGCACGAUGCUGCUGGUUGCUGUCUCCACGACAGCCACAUUGUAUGCCUUCUUUUGGGACGUUGGCCUCGACUGGGGUCUCAGCUACAAGGAGCUUUGGCUCAGGUCCGACUUGACUGGCCGACAAUUACCGGUCAAGGCCUACUGGCUUUGCAGCUUGUUGGACAUCUUCGCCAGAUCCACCUGGGUGUUCACGCUGAUGCCCACGAGCGUAGUCACUGGUAAUAUCGUGGUUCGUGUGAUCCUUGUCUCUGUGAUGUCGUCGAUUGAGAUUAUCCGACGGAGCAUGUGGGCAGUGCUGCGCAUCGAGUAUGAGCAAGUCAGCAAUGCCAGUGGCUUCCGCGCUCUGCUAUGGGUGCCCUCCAAGCUGAAUGCGAGCAGCGCGCAGCAGGCACAACCGGAGAGGAAAACUUCGCUAUCCGUUGGGCCAUCCCAGAGCUGGGAUGCCACGCAGCCGCUUCUCUCCUCGAAGCACAGCGAGUGA